AUGCACAAUCAAAGACAAGAAUUAGCAAACAAACAACGAACCUAUAUGAGAGAUCAAUCAAAACAAAAGAAUAUUUCCAAUGAUCUUCAUCAAGAAGCUGAGAGUGCACUUAAUUUAGCGUUACAGUUAGUUGCAGUUCAUAAAUUCGAAAAAGCACGGAAAAUAUUUGAGCACGCUUUAACUCUCGAUCCACAAAAUUCAGAUAUUCUGGUUGAAUAUGGUCAAUUUCUUGAAUAUCAUCAAAUGGAUUUGAUUCGGGCAGAACAAUUUUACACACGUGCACUCGUUCAUCAACCGAGUAACUUUCGUGCAUUGGAAUUGAAAAAACGAACUUUACCAUUAGUUCAAGAGAUCGAUCAAAAACAAUUCACAUUCAUCGAUAAUCUUCUCAAAGAACUUUAUCGAAUUCCGGACACAAAUCCUUAUCUAAGGCGUGCUAAACGCGAUGCGUAUUAUUUACAUAUUUAUCAUUCCAAUGCAAUCGAAGGAAAUACACUAAAUCUACGUGAAACGCGGUAUAUUGUCGAAACACGAAUGGCUGUGCCGGGCAAAUCUCUUGUUGAACAGCAAGAGGUGUUCGGCCUUGAUUUAGCCUUACAAUACGUGAAUUGUACAUUAGUCAAUCGUUUAGGUUCAAUCACUCUUGAAGACAUACUUCAAAUUCAUCGACGAGUCUUGGGUUUCGUCGAUCCUGUCCAAGCUGGCCAAUUACGUAAGCAUCAAGUAUAUGUUGGAUCAUUUGUACCGCCAACAGCUGCAGAAGUACCGGAUUAUCUCGAUGAUUUUCUCAAGUGGCUCAAUUCACUGGAAGACACACGAGACCUACAUGCAAUCGAAUUAGCGGCAAUCGCGCACUAUAAAUUUGUCUAUAUUCAUCCGUUUAUUGAUGGUAAUGGUCGAACGGGACGUUUACUAAUGAAUUUGAUUCUAAUGAGAUCUGGUUUUCCUCCUGUAAUUAUUAAGAAAUCUGAACGUUUUACUUAUUAUUCUUAUCUCAAUCAAGCAAAUGACGGUGACGUUCGACCAUUUAUACGUUUCAUUGCUAAAUGUACUGAACGAACACUAACGGAAUUUAUUCAUCAAUCCCAACCGACAAGAACGACUGGUCAGGAACUAAGAUUAAAUGAUGGCGAAAAUGCAGAAGACAAUUUUAUGGAAGAACGAGUAAUUAUGGUGGAAUAG